CGUUUCCAGUUACCGGGUCACGAAGCGGCCGCUUUACGCAGCAUGAACCGGUUACGCGCCGAAGAACGCUUCUGCGACGUCACCAUCGUGGCCAGGAGCCUCCGGUUCCGGGGUCACCGCGUCAUCCUGGCCGCCUGCUCCCCAUUCCUCCGUGACCAAUUCCUUCUCAACCCAGCGGCCGAGCUCCGCGUCUCACUAGCCCACAGCGCCCGGGUACUAGCCGAUCUUCUCCUCUCGUGUUACACCGGCGCUCUCGAGUUCUCCGGUCGCGAUUUGGUGAAUUACUUAACGGCGGCGAGUUAUUUACAGAUGGAACACGUGGUGGAACGAUGCCGGGGGGCGUUGGCGCAGGAUGAUGAGGAGGAAGAUGAUGAAGAUGUUGCUCCUGAUGUUUGUAUCGUCAAGGUGGAACCGGCGGCGGCGCGACGCCGUGGUGACGCUACGGAGGGUACGGUAGUUGCAGCCGAGGCGGCGCCGCUCGCGGCGCCGUUGGGGGUGGUCAAAGCUUGUUACAGCCUCACCGAAGACACCGAAGGUGAAGGGCUCCUCAUCUUCCCCGGUGCCACCACG